AUGGCUCAGAUGGAGCGGAUGCAAAGAAACAGGGGAAGUGGCGGAGGAACUCCACGUAAUACACUUACGAUAGAACAACUUCUCAGCUACGAUGAUGCACACUCUCCUGUGUUCCACGAAGAAGAUCAGAGUCCGCAAUCGAGGAAAUCAGUAUUGGCAAAAAUGAAAGAGAAGACUAAGAGAUGGAGAGACACACUGGCCAAGAAAAAGCAGAGUUCUGAAGAUAAUGCCACUCCUGCAUGGGGUUUUAGCUUGGAGGAGGAAGAUGAUGACCAAGAAGGAGAGCCCGAAUAUCUGGGAGCCCCUAUGUAUGAAUCAGAAAUGGCACCUGAGGAGUGUAGGGAAGCAGCGAGGCAACACCCAAGAGCAAAUCCAGUGAUCUCUGAAAAGCAUAUGUUGGCUACUAAUUUCACCACUCAAAAUAAUAGUAGUAUGGAAGUUCUUGACAAAGACCCUCCUCCUCACACAAAACAUUUUAAUGACCCAGUUGCCCAAAACAAGACCCUCACCCAAACCGUGACCGAUAAGCUUGCCCCAGCCCGUGCAGCUGUCACAGCCAAUCUCGCACCUGCUUAUGCCACUGUUUCUGAAGCCACCCACCAAAUGGCUUCCAAGAUUAAUCAUACCCAAGCAGAUAACCCCAUCAUCUCUCCAACCACUGUUUCUGAAGCCACCCACCAAAUGGCUUUCAAGAUUAAUCAUACCCAAGCAGAUAACCCCAUCAUCUCUCCAAGUACUGCUGACAACACACAUACUGGUAGUGUUGCCGGCACCGGCAUCGUCAUCGGAACCGGUGCUGGGGCUGGUUCCCAUCAGCAGCAAUGGGACAAAGGGGUGUCGGUGAAAGAGUAUCUGACACACAAACUGGAACCAGGUGAAGAAGAAAGAGCCCUUUCUCAGGUGAUCACCGAAGCCAUCAGUCCAAGGAAACUCACCAGUGGUUUUAACCAUGAAGAUGGGAUGGUGGAGAAGGUUAGGGAGGCCGUUUCUUCAUUGCUCUGGACCUCCAACGAUUCCUCACCAUCAUCAGGCUCAGCAACAAAAACAACAACAACAACAGCAACAACAAUAAAAACAAAUCCAGCAACAAACAAGGCGUCCACAAACGUUCCAAUCUCUACCAAUGCUUAUUCAGCUGUUGAGGAAAUUGAGGAGCAGAAUAAGGGAAGGAUUCUUCAGGCCAACUAAAGACUCUAAUUAACACCUUACUCUACCAAUCCUUGCAUGCAAUAUUUGCUGAAUUAAGUUCCAACUUCAUUAUGAAAUCAAUUCGUUAACAUAUAUUUCCAUAACUUGAAUGUGUUUCUUUUAUUUUUCUUGUUUUGUAACUGUAUUUCCCUCAUGACAAUAAA